AUGACAACUCGAGCUCGAGUUGGGAGAGGGGAAGAAGCGUCUACGCUGGAGGUGGCUGUCGAGAACCAGCUCUUUGGCAUGCCACAUGACCGCAACGUGAUGCAACGGGACGCGGCGGUCAGGUAUUCCGACCGUCUGGAGAACGCAUACAAGCAAAAAGACCGGGUCUUGGCGACGUCAGAAGGGCGAGAGGAGGAAUUGCGUGCUUACAAUCAAGUUUCUGGAAAGUGGCGUUUCUAUCGCACGCUAUGCCAAGUCCGCUUCGGCUACCUGUCGUUCCUCGUGGUCAUGAUGGUGCUCAUGUUCUCGUUUACGCUGUUGAUGGAGAUCUUCUUUUCGAUUUUCCUGCCGAGUGCAAAGUACGAUGAGUACUAUACACUGCGAGCUGUAGUCUUGUUGGUGCUGCUGCCGGUGGUGCUGUUUAUCUUGUCCUAUGUUUUUGAGGAGGCAUCUCGACUUUUUCUGGAUGCACUCAACAAAUCCGAUGGCUCGUUGCCGAACUUUCGAUUGGCGCUGGCUGUUGUCAUCCACUACCUUCGCCAUCGGAGAGAGCUACUGAAGUUUGAAGAAUCGGUCAACAUGGCCCAGGAAGACAGUACAUUAUCAGUGGGUGACAAGCAGCGGACAAGUCAGACUUCAGGGGGAAAAGACAGGGCAAAGGGGUCAUUGCUACUAACGGCAGAGACCGACCCGUUCUCGGAAGACUACAAAGCGGAAGACGAUGAACUUUGGGAUCGCACGGAAGCAGCUGCGCCGGAGCAACAGGCUGUAGCGGAAGCGGUAGAUACCCGCUUAGCGAGGCCGUCUACUGUCGGCGAGUGCUCGCCAAAGAAGAAUGCACUGAAACGAUGGAAGCGCGUUCAAGCAGCCGUGAAGACUACGGUGGUUAUUCGAAAUGUGCAGGAAGAAGGACCCGCUAUCGAUCUAUCGACUUUUGUUGCCGUGGAUGUUGUGUGUCCCGUACUUUUCGAGGUCCUGACGGCUUGUUCGAUGAUAGUUGAGUUCGUAGCAACCUGGUCGAUGUCGGACGCGUUCUUAGUGUACGUCCAAACAGGGUUCUGGUCCGUUGGCGUAUACCUGAUGUUAUGGAUGAUAGCGCAUUUUUGGAGCAGUCGUAAUGAUAAAAUGCGGAUGAUAGUGAGCAAUUAUCGCCGUCGAAGGCGCAUAUUGCGUCGAGCAGUUUGCGCACUUGAAGAGAAAAAGCGCGCAGAGCACUUGUGGUUGCUGGACGUAGGGUUUCGCUUCGUGCACCACGUGGGGGUCGUACUGCAUCCUACGCGUUGGCUGUGUUUCAACAAAGUAAAGUGUCACAAGAAGAAGCAGAGCGAAGUGCCAACUGACGGGAUCGCAAUUCCAGUUGCAGCAUCUCAAGGCUCUGAUGUGGAUGCAGGGCGAUCACGUGCUGCGUCUGUGUACCUUUCGCAUCGCCAGCAGGUGCAAGAAUUCCGAGAAUGGAUACGCGCACGCAAUCCGUGGCACCGCUUGUCUACCAACAGCCAUGCCGUGCUGUUGUUGGUGCUUGUGAUCGUGUCUGCUUUGGUUUCAUUGAAAUCCUUUUUUGUCGGAUGGCCUAUAAUGGGUAUGUGCCUCAUCACCUUGAGCUCCGUCGUCCAAAAACGAUUCCCGCAGAUCUUCGGCCAAGCGUUUCGGAAGUUCAUUUCGGCUUUCGUGAUCGUAUCACUCGUCUUCUUUUCGUCUUCGUUUAUUAUCGGCACUUUUGUAUCUGGUGAGACAUUCAAGUUGGGACCGUUUGAUGAUUCCACGGAGCAAGUAUCAAGCGAGCUCAAAGCGACGCACGGCAUAUCAGCUUCUGUUACUGUUAACGGGAAAGUGAUUAACUUUGAUGCUACGUCUCAAUACGCGGCGUGCAGCAUCAGCUACCAAGGGCUUUCAGUGCUGGAUUUGGCGUUGGUGGCCGACGCCGCAUAUGGCUCGACCACGGAUACUCAGCGAUCAGCACUUGGUAAUCGUUUCAAUGGAACUCAGCUGGAUGACUGGAAGUAUGCUGCACGCAACAACGAAAGCACGGACGGGCAAACGUGGAUGGAGAUUUAUUUCCCAGCAGUCAACAUGACGGUCAUCGCGGUGCGAGGUACUGCCUCCGCAACGGAGGCUCUCGAAGACAUGCACUUUUGGUUCGGUAUCUCCAUCAUGCAGGCGGCGAACAUUUUUGUGCCAUUUCUGAAACAGUUACCUCGCGCUUUUGUGGUACGAAUGCUGUCCAUGCGCCUCAUCUCAAGUGUGAUGCCGUCGCCCGUUUAUACGGAUGUGUUGAAUCACGCCGUUGACACACGUGCGCGCGUGGGAGAAAAUCUCGUAAUCACGGGACAUAGUCUAGGUGGGGCCAUUGCUGCUAUGAUCGGUGCCAAGACCAAGACGAGCGCCGUGUCCUUUUCAGGACCUGGACUGCUUUACUCGCUGGGACGCUUCGACAUCACCUCUCGAGACGUUCGCGACUAUGUUUUGACGAUGAAACCCAAGAAGGAUAUCGUCCCGCGGGUAGACCAAUUGGGUGGCUUGGUGCAGGAGAUUCGCUGCAAAAAAGCGUCUCCAAUGGGCUGCCACAGUAUGAGUACUCACCUGUGCGAGUUAUACUUCUCUUGCGGUGACCUACGACAUCGUAACUGGUCGAAGAAUCAGCAGUGCAUUGCAUACAAUGCACUGACAUCGGAUGACGACGAUGAUGAAUAG